AUGGCGCAUUCACGUCUUCCAUCUGCUUCGAUGUGUCCCCCUUCAGCCAGCGAAGUGGCCGACGCUGCCAGCUUUGUCGCCAAAGGUCUGUCCGGCAACUCAGCCGUCGUCUCAUGGGCCCAACUUGACGCCACCUGCGAACACACUUACACGCUGAGCUGGCGAAUGUCCGGUGCCACCGUUGCGUCCGGUACCAAAGAGGCUGGCUGUGAGACAAGUAGGCGAACAUGCGAAGAGGAGGCCUCUCCUCUUGCCCAUGGUUUAAGAGGUCUCGGUUGA